CUAAAAAUAGAUUCGUCACACUUUGACCUAAAUCCAAAUUAUCUUUCCAUUUUUAAAACGUUUCGUGCGUUCCACGCAAACCUCGCAUCUUCUCCAAUUCUCCCUCUCCCUUCUCACAACCACCGGUUAAAUACUUAACCUAAUCUCUCCAACUCUCCCCUAACAAUGUCUUCUCACUUCCCCGCAAAAUCCAUCCCAGCGACUCGAUCCAUUUCGUUAAACAUCCCACACUCGAAUCCUCCCAAGGAUCUCCGGUACAGCCUCUCCGCUAACCCUCUCACGAGCAGCGAGGAUCGUCCACAGUCUGGAAACGGCGUCGCGGGGAUCCUCUACAAAUGGAUAAACUACGGCCGAGGAUGGAAGCGGCGGUGGUUCGUCCUCCAGGACGGUGUGUUGUCGUAUUACAGGAUCCACGGUCCGGAUAAGAUCUCUCUCUCCGUGGAGAUGGAUCGGCGUUCGAAGCUGAUCGGUGGCGAGUCCUUGCGGUUCAUAUGCCGACAUAGCAAACGCGGUGAUGUUCAUAGUCCUGGCAAUCCGCUAGGUCAGAUUCACCUCAAGGUCUCAUCAAUCGGACAAAGUAUAUCAGACAGCAAAAGAUUCACUGUAUUUACUGGUACAAAGAGUCUGCAUUUACGAGCGGCAUCAAGUGAAGAUCGUACAGCUUGGAUCGAAGCUUUGCAUGCUGUUAAAGAAACCUUUCCAAGAAUAUCAAACGAAGAAUUAAUGGCAACGACUACUAGUGUAUCGGUCUCGACCGAUAAGCUAAGAGAAAGAUUAAUGAAAGAAGAAGUUGACGAGACAAUCAAAGAUUGUGAAGAUAUAAUGAAAAACAAUUACAUCGCAUUGCAUAAUGAGGUCAUGACGCUUAAACAGUACCAGUGUCAUCUUGUGGAUACUCUCAAGAAUGUUAAUCGUGUCCCAGAGCUCGAGUAAUGAGUUAUCUAUCUCGUCAUUCUGAUUUAUCAUCAGUGAUGUUUAAAGUUAGUAUUUGCAUAUAGAAUUUCCGUAAGAUGAUAUCAUUUAUUUUAUAAUUUUAUUAGA